AUGAAGGCCUCCACCAUCCUCCUCGUCGCUGGCGCUUCUCUCGCUGUUGCCGCCCCCGUCGCACAGCCUGAGGCCGAAGCAGAGGCCAGCAUCUCCUUCCUCGAGUCCACCCACUACAAGAGAGAAGCCUAUCCCAAGGCCGAGGCCGAGCCCGCCAUCAACUUCCUCGAGUCGGUUCACUACAAGAAGGAGGCUCAGCCGGAGGCACAACCCGCCAUCGAGUUCGAGGACUCCGUGCACUACAAGCGCGAAGCCGAGGCUGAGCCUGCUAUCAAUUUCUUGGAGUCCGUCCAUUACAAGAAGGAGGCCGAGCCAGCGAUUGAGUUUGAAGACUCUGUUCACUACAAACGUGAGGCGGAAGCUGCGCCUGCUAUUGAGUUUGAAGACUCCGUCCACUACAAGCGAGAGCCAGAGGCCGAGGCAGAGCCCGCCAUCAACUUCCUCGAGUCGGUUCACUACAAGAAAGAAGCUGAGCCCGCUAUCGAAUUUCUGGAAUCCGUCCACUACAAGAAGGAAGCGGAGCCUGCUAUUGAGUUUGAGGAGUCUGUUCACUACUAG